UGGGGGCGAGGGCCAAGGGGACCCCGCGCGGCUCGGGGAGCCGGCGGAGGCAGCGGUGCCGGGUGGUAGGUUGGAGCCCCGCGAACAUCGGCAGGACCCCAGGAGUCUGCGGCGCCUGCAGAAUUGAAGGGACUGCAGGCGGCGGCGCCUCUGCCUGGAGAGGCCGGAGUCCCGCGCGGGAACGCGGACUCUCGGGCUCGCUCAGUCCUCAGCUGUUAAGCCCUUGAGCUGAGCGGGCGGCGCCGUCGUGUGGCCGCGGGUGGGGAGUACGCGUGCGUGACGUAUGCGCUAGGCCCGCGGGGAGGGAGCGGGGUUGUCAAGGGGAGAGCGCGUGCGUGACGUGUGAUCUAGGCCUGCUGGGAGGGGCGAGGAAUGCGGGGAAGAGCGAGUGCGCGUGCGCGACAUGUGUGUGCGCUUCACGUAGUGACGUGUGCGUGUGCGUCGCUUGUGCGCUGGGAUUACGGGGCGCCGGGAGGCUGUGGGAGAGAACGACUGCCCCAGGAAGGGGCUCGGAAAUACAUGAAUUUCCUGGACCAAAUAGCCGCUGGGAGAUUUGUCUUGCUUAGCUGUAAAACGCGGAUAUCUAGAGUGCUUGCCGCAUUUUUUGUGUUUUGAGCGCUCACGUUUUGUUAGCUGCUGUUGUAUUUAAUUGUUUUGUAUGUAAUGCAGGCGGCUGGAGCUUGGAUGAGUCUCUAGGGCCUCCAUUCCUCAGUUAAUUCGUUUGUGAAAUGGGAUUGGAGGGGGCUGGACCAGCUAGCCACCAAGGCCUUUUCCUGGCUCUAACAUCACCCAGAUCCCAAGUUAUUAUUUAUUAUGUAUUCAUUUGUUAUUUGUUAUGUAUAAUUAUGACACGGUAUCCUGAAGCCAUCGAAGGCUGUGUGACGGUGGAAGGUCUGAGACAAAUUUAAGAAGAGAGAGAACCUAAAUUGGUAAUAAAUCAAUAAGAAACAAAUGUUUACAUUCACUCAGUGAAAAGUAUCAUGUCUAAGCUCAACAUAAAUCGGAGCCACACAUGGACAACUCUCCCUCCUCCACUAAGAGUGAAAAAUGAACAAAUCCCAGAAAAGGAAUAUACUGUUACAGGAACAAGUGUCAUUCAAAGAUGUGUGUGUGGACUUCACCCAGGAAGAGUGGUACCUGCUGGAUCCUGCUCAGAAGAUACUAUACAGAGACGUGAUCCUGGAAAAUUACAGCCACCUUGUCUCAGGAAUUGCAUUACUAAGCCAGAAGUGAUCUUCAAGAUCGAGCAAGGAGAAGAACCUUGGAUAUUAGAGGAAAGAUUCCCAAAACAGUGCCGCUCAGAAGACUGGAAAGUUGAUGACCUGAUAGAGAGCAGCCAGGAAAAUGAAGAUGAACUUUUUUGGCAACUUGCUUUCACCAACCCAACGUUAAGUACAGAUAGUGGUGACAGAGUAAGGAAAACUUUAAAUCUAGGUACAGACUCUGUUCCUUCAAGAAAUUUUCUGUAUAAGAUAUGUGACACAUGUGAAAUGAGUUUGAAAAAUAUUUCAGGCUUAAUUAUUAAUAGAAAGAACUAUUCUGGAAAGAAGCCUGAUGAGUUUAAUGUAUAUGAGAAAUUGCUCCUUGAUAUUCGGCAUGAGAAAACUCCUACUGGAGGGAAAUCUUAUAAAUAUAAUCAAAAAAAGAAUGUCCUCAAUCGUAGCCAGGAUCUCACUCAGCCAAUUUUUGACCCACCUUUUGAGUAUAAUGAAAAUGGACAAGGCUGCCAUGGGGAGGCAGACUUUUUCACAAACAAGAAAGCUCAGAUAGGAGAGGCACACUGUAAAUAUAAUGAAUGUGGAAGAACUUUCAUCCAAAGUUUAAAGCUCAGUUUAUCUCAGAGAACUCAUUUGGAAAUGGAGCCAUAUGAAUGCAGUAUUUGUGGGAAGUCCUUCUACAUGGAUUUAAGAUUGGGGCAUCAGAGAGCUCUUACAGGGGAAAAUCCUUAUAAUGAAUAUGGGCAGAUUUUCUGUGACAGUUCAGCUUUCAUUAUCCAUCAGGGAAAUUACACAAGAAAGAUCCCCCAUGAAUAUAAAGUAAGUCACAAAAUGUGGGAAAAGUCAACCCUCUUUAGACAUCAGAUAGUACACGUGGGGGAAAAACCUUAUGAGCACAAUGAAAAUGGAAAUACUUUCAACAAGAAGUCACAUCUCACCCAACUUCGAAGAGCUCACUCAGGAGAGAAAACCUUCGAAUGUGGUGAAUGUGGGAAAACAUUCUGGGAGAAGUCAAACCUCACUCAACAUCAGAGAACACACACAGGAGAGAAACCCUAUGAAUGUACUGAAUGUGGGAAGUCCUUUUGUCAGAAACCACAUCUUACCAACCAUCAGCGAACACAUACAGGAGAAAAACCCUAUGAAUGUAAACAAUGUGGAAAAACGUUCUGUGUGAAGUCAAACCUCACUGAACAUCAGAGAACACACACAGGGGAGAAACCCUAUGAAUGUAAUGCAUGUGGAAAAUCCUUCUGCCACAGGUCAGCCCUAACUGUGCAUCAGAGAACACACACAGGAGAGAAACCCUUUAUAUGUAAUGAAUGUGGGAAAUCCUUCUGUGUGAAAUCAAACCUCAUUGUACAUCAAAGAACUCACACAGGAGAGAAACCUUAUAAAUGUAACGAAUGUGGGAAAACCUUCUGUGAGAAAUCAGCUCUCACUAAACAUCAGAGGACUCACACAGGGGAGAAACCCUAUGAGUGUAAUGGAUGUGGGAAAACCUUUAGUCAGAGGUCAGUACUCACUAAACAUCAGAGAAUUCACACAAGGGUGAAAGCUCUUUCAGCAUCCUGAACGUUCUGAAGCCUUUAUCCACUCUUUCAAAUUCGUUAUACAGGUUUUUAAAAUGACAUUAAUGAAACCCAAAGAAUGCCACAAAUUAUUAGAAAGUGAGGUUUUGUUGUACUUCAGAUAAUUAGUACUAGAAUAAAACCUUAUAAUGUUUUGAAUAUGUGAAAGCUUUCAAGAAAAAGUAAAACUUUCCAUCAGAAAAUUUA